AAAAAAAUACGGCCACGAGAUAUUGAAGGAGAAUAUGUAAGAAAGCCAUGCACCAUGUCUCCCAAAGCUCUCUUAAUGGAGACACUUUCAUUGAUGGCGGCUCUGCACGUUUGAAUUGCCUUUCCUUAAAGCACAUACCUUCCUUUCUCUAUAAACAUUCCUCUCCCUUCAGCUAUUCAAAAGGGUUGAGCAACCGUUUCUUGAGGAGUUGGUCCAAGGACUUUAUGUGCUUCAAACUGGCAAACGCACCGGACGGUAGCUUCAGCCCGGCAAAGACCGAUGAAGUCGAAGAGGAAGGCAUGGUGGGCAUGAUGUCAUCAGAAAUGGCAGAGGCUAUGAUGUUUUCCGGCGACCACCGGUCUCAGGAGAUGUCGACUAUGGUGUCGGCCUUGACCCAUGUCAUCUCCCGGGAGCAGGUGCCUUGUGGCACGGCUGGGGAGGUGGUGCCGGCCGGUCAUUGGGGUUCGGUUAGUUCGCCGCCUUCUUCUUCGUCUUCGCAGUAUUCUUGGAGUGGUCAGGGUGGCGGCGCUGGUGGGCAGAUGAGAAGGAGAGAGGAGAUACCACCGGAGUUGUUGAUGAGUUAUUAUCAUCAUGGUUAUGGUCAGUUUGGCAGCUAUCAUGGAGAGGCAUUACCGAAUGUUGCAGAACAAAGCCCACAGAGCCUCCUAACUACUAUCCAAGCUCCAGCCAUGGAAGAGUCCUCCCCUUCCGCCUACCAAGAAGCAGAGAGGGAAGCUGCACCAAGGAGGCGAUACAGGGGAGUCCGCCAGCGCCCAUGGGGCAAGUGGGCUGCUGAGAUCCGAGACCCCCACAAGGCAGCUCGUGUGUGGCUUGGCACCUUCGACACAGCCGAAGCCGCUGCCCGGGCCUACGAUGAGGCUGCCCUCCGCUUCCGGGGAAGCCGAGCCAAGCUCAACUUCCCCGAGGAUGUCCAUCUCCACUUGGCACCUCCUCCUGCUCCUCUAGCUACCUCGAAUUCUCCAGCAACUCCAAGCUCUGAUGCAUCCAGGGACUACAUAGAGUACUCAAGGCUGUUACAAGGGGUUGGACCGUACCAAAGGCUUCCACCGACCAGCCUUUUGGAUCAGUAUAUGUCCUCCAAUUAUUCUUCGGCAAUGGCUUCGAUGAUGACUGAUGGUUCUUUAGCUACUCCUUCUUUCCCAACCUCCUCUGCUUCUUCUUCCCCUGUUUUUGCUCCUUCUUCUUCUUCCUCUUCUUCUUCUUCUCCUUAUCCUCUGUUCUAUACUUUGGAGGAGACAGCAUCAGAGACAAGGGUUAGGGAAGAUGGGUCGGCGUUUCAGUGGCCGUAUUGGACUGAUUCCAGCCGGUUUCCACCACCUUCUUCUGGGUAGAGUUGAAAUUGGGCCGUUUUUCCUCUUCCUCUGUUCCCUCUUUUCCAUCUUACCUGCUGCAGGGGCUCACUGCUGUACCUUUCCUUUCUUUUCCCUUUUUUUUUUUAAAGAAAAUUGUGUUUCCGUUUUCUACUUAUUCUUUUCAGCAAAGUACAAAAUACAAGGAAACUAGGAUCCUCUGUUCUAUAGCUUGUAUGAUGGCUACUAUGAGAAUAAUUCUAUUGGAGAUCACCUUCGGAAAAA